AAUGAUAAUAUUCAGAUGAUCAUAGUUUUCAAAGCACAAAGUUUUUUAUUUAAUAAAUUUUUUUUCCAUUUAAGGGAGGAAAAGACUGAACAAUUGUUGGACUGUAAACAAGAACUAGAGCAAAUGGAAAUAGAGCUAAAAAGGCUGCAGCAAGAGAACAUGAAUUUGCUUUCGGAUGCUCGUUCUGCAAGAAUGUAUCGAGAUGAAUUAGAUGCACUUCGGGAGAAGGCCGUCAGAGUUGAUAAGCUUGAAAGUGAAGUCAGCAGAUAUAAAGAGAGACUACAUGAUAUUGAAUUUUAUAAGGCAAGAGUUGAGGAAUUAAAAGAAGACAAUCAAGUCUUAUUGGAAACAAAAACCAUGUUGGAAGACCAAUUAGAAGGAACUCGAGCUCGUUCUGAUAAAUUACAUGAAUUAGAAAAAGAGAAUUUACAACUGAAGGCUAAACUGCAUGAUAUGGAAAUGGAACGUGAUAUGGAUAGAAAAAAGAUUGAAGAAUUAAUGGAAGAAAAUAUGACUUUGGAAAUGGCACAGAAGCAAAGUAUGGAUGAAUCAUUACAUCUUGGCUGGGAACUGGAACAAAUAUCCAGAACUAGUGAACUUUCUGAAGCACCACAGAAAUCCUUGGGCCAUGAGGUGAAUGAAUUGACAUCAAGUAGAUUGUUGAAGUUGGAGAUGGAAAAUCAGAGUUUGACAAAAACUGUAGAAGAGCUUCGGAGUACAAUGGAUUCUGCUGAAGGCACCACCUCCAAAAUCCUGAAAAUUGAAAAAGAAAAUCAAAGACUAAGUAAGAAGGUUGAAAUCCUUGAAAAUGAGAUUAUUCAAGAAAAGCAAAGUCUUCAGAAUUGUCAGAAUUUAAGCAAGGAUCUAAUGAAGGAAAAAGCUCAGCUUGAAAAAACAAUUGAAACACUUCGAGAAAAUUCAGAGAGACAGAUUAAAAUAUUAGAACAGGAAAAUGAACAUCUGAAUCAAACCGUGUCCUCCUUAAGGCAGCGCUCCCAGAUAAGUGCUGAAGCAAGGGUGAAAGACAUUGAAAAAGAAAACAAAAUUCUCCAUGAAUCUAUCAAAGAAACAAGUAGCAAGCUAAGCAAGAUUGAAUUUGAAAAAAGGCAAAUCAGAAAAGAAUUGGAACAUUAUAAAGAAAAAGGAGAAAGAGCAGAAGAACUUGAAAAUGAGUUGCAUCAUCUUGAGAAAGAAAAUGAAUUGUUACAGAAAAAGAUAACCAAUUUAAAAAUUACUUGUGAAAAAAUUGAGGCCUUAGAACAAGAAAAUUCAGAGCUAGAAAGAGAAAAUAGGAAGUUUAAAAAAACAUUGGAUAGCUUUAAAAACCUCACUUUUCAGUUAGAAUCCCUGGAAAAAGAGAAUUCCCAGCUUGAUGAGGAAAACUUAGAACUUCGAAGGAGUGUGGAAUCUUUGAAGUGUGCAAGCAUGAAGAUGGCUCAGCUACAACUAGAGAAUAAAGAACUGGAAAGUGAAAAAGAACAACUUAAGAAAGGUUUAGAGCUCAUGAAAGCAUCUUUCAAGAAAACAGAACGCUUAGAAGUUAGUUAUCAGGGUUUAGAUACAGAAAAUCAAAGGCUACAGAAAGCUCUUGAAAACAGCAAUAAAAAAAUCCAACAAUUGGAAAGUGAACUACAGGACUUAGAGAUGGAAAAUCAAACAUUGCAGAAAAACCUAGAAGAGUUAAAAAUAUCUAGCAAAAGACUAGAACAGCUGGAAAAAGAAAAUAAAUCAUUAGAGCAAGAGACUUCUCAACUGGAAAAGGAUAAAAAACAACUGGAGAAGGAAAAUAAGAGACUCCGGCAACAAGCAGAAAUAAAAGAUACCACAUUAGAAGAAAAUAAUGUUAAAAUUGGAAAUUUGGAAAAAGAAAACAAAACCCUUUUCAAAGAGAUUGGUAUUUAUAAAGAAUCCUGCAUUCGUCUGAAAGAAUUAGAGAAAGAAAAUAAAGAGCUUGUGAAAAGAGCAACUAUUGAUAUAAAAACUUUGGUUACAUUACGAGAAGAUUUGGUGAGUGAAAAAUUGAAGACUCAACAAAUGAAUAAUGAUCUUGAAAAAUUAACUCAUGAGCUUGAGAAGAUAGGGUUAAAUAAAGAGCGACUGUUACAUGAUGAGCAAAGUACUGAUGACCGAUAUAAACUUUUGGAAUCAAAAUUAGAAUCAACUCUAAAGAAGUCCCUUGAAAUAAAAGAAGAAAAAAUUGCUGCUUUAGAAGCUCGACUAGAAGAGUCCACAAAUUACAACCAGCAGUUGCGCCAAGAACUAAAAACAGUGAAAAAGAAUUAUGAGGCUCUCAAACAGAGACAGGAUGAGGAAAGAAUGGUUCAGAGCUCUCCUCCAGCUGCUGGUGAAGACAACAAAUGGGAGCGAGAAAGUCAAGAAACAACUAGAGAACUUCUGAAAGUUAAAGACAGAUUAAUUGAAGUUGAAAGAAAUAAUGCUACACUGCAAGCAGAGAAGCAAGCAUUGAAAACUCAACUGAAGCAACUUGAAACACAGAACAAUAAUUUGCAGGCUCAGAUUCUUGCACUUCAGAGGCAGACAGUAUCAUUACAGGAGCAGAAUACCACUCUUCAAACACAGAAUGCCAAGCUUCAGGUUGAAAAUUCCACCCUUAAUUCCCAAAGUACCUCACUUAUGAACCAGAAUGCACAACUCCUAAUCCAGCAGUCUUCUUUAGAAAAUGAAAAUGAAUCUGUAAUCAAAGAGCGAGAAGAUCUGAAAUCUCUCUAUGAUUCUCUGGUCAAAGAUCAUGAAAAGCUGGAACUUCUACAUGAACGGCAGGCUUCAGAGUAUGAGACUCUCAUUGCUAAACAUGGAACUCUAAAGUCUGCCCACAAAAAUCUUGAGGUGGAACAUAAAGACCUUGAAGAUCGUUACAAUCAGUUACUAAAGCAGAAAGGACAGUUGGAAGAUUUGGAAAAAACAUUGAAAGUAGAACAAGAAAAAAUGCUGCUUAAAAACAAAAACCAUGAGACUGUAGCUGCAGAAUUCAAGAAGCUUUGUGGUGAAAAUGAUAGGUUGAAUCAUACAUAUAAUCAGCUUUUAAAAGAGACUGAAGUUUUGCAAACUGACCAUAAAAACUUGAAAAGUCUUUUAAAUAAUUCGAAACUGGAACAAACAAGAUUAGAAGCGGAAUUUUCAAAGUUAAAAGAACAAUACCAACAAUUGGACAUCACAUCCACCAAGCUAAAUAACCAGUGUGAGUUACUGAGCCAACUGAAAGGAAAUUUAGAAGAAGAAAAUCGACAUCUACUAGAUCAAAUUCAGACAUUAAUGCUACAGAACAGAACACUAUUGGAGCAGAAUAUGGAAAGCAAGGAUCUUUUCCAUGUUGAACAAAGACAGUACAUUGAUAAGUUAAAUGAAUUAAGACGACAAAAGGAGAAAUUAGAAGAGAAAAUUAUGGAUCAAUACAAAUUUUAUGACCCAUCUCCUCCUAGAAGGAGAGGCAACUGGAUUACUCUAAAAAUGAGAAAAUUGAUAAAGUCUAAGAAAGACGUUAAUCGGGAACGCCAGAAAUCACUAACUUUAACACCAACCCGCUCAGACUCCAGUGAAGGAUUUCUUCAACUCCCCCAUCAAGAUAGUCAAGAUAGUUCUUCAGUAGGUUCAAACUCUUUAGAAGAUGGCCAAACUUUGGGGACCAAGAAAAGCAGCAUGGUUGCACUGAAAAGACUGCCCUUUUUGAGGAACAGACCGAAGGAUAAAGACAAAAUGAAGGCCUGCUACCGUCGUUCCAUGUCCAUGAAUGACCUGGUGCAGUCCAUGGUCCUAGCAGGAGGACAGUGGACAGGUAGUACUGAGAAUUUGGAGGUUCCUGAUGAUAUUUCAACGGGUAAAAGGAGAAAAGAAUUGGGAGCUAUGGCCUUCUCUACUACAGCCAUCAACUUUUCAACUGUCAACUCUUCUACAGGCUUCAGAUCCAAGCAGUUGGUUAAUAAUAAAGAUACUACAUCCUUUGAAGACGUAAGUCCACAAGGUAUUAGUGAUGAUUCUAGUACGGGAUCAAGAGUUCAUGCUUCGAGACCAGCCAGCCUUGAUAGUGGCAGAACAUCCACUAGCAAUAGCAAUAAUAAUGCUUCACUCCAUGAAGUCAAAGCAGGUGCAGUUAAUAUCCAGAGCAGGCCACAAAGCCACAGCAGUGGAGAAUUUAGCCUGCUUCAUGAGCAUGAGGCGUGGUCCAGCAGUGGUAGCAGUCCAAUCCAGUACUUGAAAAGACAGACCAGAUCAAGUCCAGUGCUCCAGCACAGAACACUAGAGAGUCGGGCACAUCACAAGAUCAAAACUGGUUCCCCUGGAAGUGAAGUUGUUACUCUACAACAGUUUUUGGAAGAAAGCAACAAGCUUACCUCAAUGCAGCUAAAGCCCUCAAGUCAAGAGAAUCUUUUAGAUGAAGUAAUGAAAAGUUUGUCGGUCUCUUCUGACUUUUUGGGAAAAAACAAACCAGUUAGCUGUGGUCUGGCCAGGUCAGUAAGUGGAAAAACUCCAGGAGACUUCCAUGAUAGACGGACAACUAAAACUGAACAGUUUGUGAGACCUGGUCCUCAAAAGGCUGAAGAUACCUGUUUCAUGAGUUCUUCAGGAAAGCCUACACGAGGCACUCAAGGAAAGAUAAAAUUAAUAAAAGAAACUUCUCUGUCACGACAAUCAAAAGAUAGUAAUCCCUAUGCCACUUUACCUCGUGCAAGCAGUGUUAUCUCUACUGCCGAAGGAACUACUCGAAGGACAAGCAUCCAUGAUUUUUUGACCAAGGACAGUAGACUACCUAUGUCAGUUGAUUCACCACCAGCUACUGCUGAUAGCAGCGUCCCUGCGACAUCUAAUGUGGACAAAGUACAAGAAAACAGAAAUUCAAAAAGCAGGUCUAGGGAGCAACAAAGCUCCUAAUUCUAUAACCCCACUACAUGACAUGUGGGCCAAGUGAGAGAAAAGUGUCCUUCAGUUUCUCAGUGUGAAGCCUUUAUUUCUGAAGUAACAAGACACCCAACUAUAGGAAUCAUUUUUUAAAAUCUUUAAGGAGACUUAACAAUCCUUCGUGACUAGAGCAGGAAAGAAAUACAAACCUUCAUUCCUUCCUUGAAUCAAGGAGCACUACUGGAGUCAACUGCCAAAAUUUUUAGAAGGUUUUUGUGACUUAUUAUGUACAUUGUACUGUUAAGAUCUACUGAAUAAAGCAUGUUCUCUCGCUAAGGA